AUGUUGGAAGAUCUGCAGAUCAAAGCAACCAACAGCUGCCAGGCUGGGCCCAAUGGUGGUCAUUGCCUGGUUGUUGUGAACACUCACAUCCUUUGCGAUCCAAGCUCUUCCGAUGUGAAGUUGUGGCAGUCCUACUUGCUGGUGAAUUCCCUCAAGCAUUUGGGCUGGAAUCAUUGGCCUCUGCUCCUUGCGGGUGACUUUAAUUCCACUCCUGAUUCAGCUGUCUAUGAAUACCUCAAGAAGGGCAUGAUCAAUGGGGCUCACGAGGAUCUUCGACAUGAUCCAUCAGGAUUGCUCAGCAGGUUCAGAAUGCACAUGCACCACAACCUAAAGUUGUCUACUGCCUAUGCCACUUGCACUGGUCAUGAGGCAAAAUUCACAAACUACACAGAGGACUUCAAGGGCACCCUUGACUACAUUUGGUUUUCACCAGAGGUGCUCCAGGUGGUGGCAAUUACACAGGUGGAUGAAGAAAGCGAGCUGAGGAAGGAACACGCACUCCCUUCAAGCAACCGCCCAUCUGAUCAUGUGCUGAGCCUAUGA